GGAUUGUAUUCCAUUCCAUGAAUGAAUUAUUCAAAAUUGCAAACGAAGAAUUCGGUUCGGUUUGUACUACAUAUUGAAUUACUUGAUGCUGGGAAUUAAAACUUCAUUUUAAAUACGUUUUCAAAUAACUGUUUAAAUCAUUUACUACCGUAGACGUUAAAUAAAUUCGAAAUGAGUUUGGAACUGGUCGGGUUUGAAGACGGAUUGAAAAAUUAUCUGGAUUCUAUUCGUUCAGGGAUGAAAAAAAUUCAUUUGCGCCGAGCUUAUGAACAAUUGAGAAAAAUAAGCGAAGAUGUAAAGUUAGAGCUUCAAAUUCAAGCAGCCCAUCAAGGACAGAAUAUCGACGAGGAGGUGUCAGAUGAAUCUGACGUGGAGUAUCCAAAAGCAGAAGAUGCUGAGAUCGUGCCACGAUCUGAUUUUGAUCUAUUAAUGAAGAAGUAUGAUCGCGUAAUGGACAAGUACUUUUCGUUUCUGCCGCUAACUUCACGAAGAACCUACGCGCUGUCCCUGUCUUGUGCUGUAGAAGUACCACCCGUGUUAUAUAAUCAAUGGAUACCGUAAUCUUUUUCGAAAUCUGUAAUUUCACCUGAAUUAUCUGUGUUAUAUCAAUACACCAUUUACAUAAUCUCGUUA